CGUUGAGCCAGUGUGAAAUAGAUUGCAACGCUUAAAAGUCGAAAGGGGGUAGAUGCAUUAGAAGGCAGAGACGUGUUUAGUGGAGAGGAAUGAGUAGCUAGUAGCCAUAUUUGAGUAAUUUGAACAUGUUAUGCACAACUAACCAAAACCAGGAAAUGUUUAGGUACCACGCUGCGUCGAAUUGUGAACUUCUCCAGCGUUGCGGUGGCUGCUAAUUCUGUAUUGAUUGAUGUAGAUAUGACUGGGUGAUAUCUCGCUGUUCGAGGUGUAAAACAGCAAAUGAACAUGGAAUUUGAAACAACAAGAAGUAUACAGGCUUUUAAAGAUAUUUUGUGUGACCGGUAUGGCACUAGUGACUUCAUGUGGAUGUCACAAAAUUGGCAGCCUCGUUUAGCACAUCAGCAUACCUUCAAGACCAGUCCACAGAAAAUGAAACUGGAUGUUCUUAAGUGCCCUCGAUUGCAGCAUGUCAUUGAGGAGGCAAGCGAGGAUCAGGAGGUACCAAAAGAGCAGCUGUACAAGACUGUGCAGAGUAUAUUAGAUGAGAUAGGAUAUAACCGCCGUUUGCCAGUGAUCCGUUGGUUGGGCCUGUUGCUACUCAAAGUACUGAAGAGAACAUGCAAUGGCUUAUAUGUAAAUGAAACCAGUAUUAAUAGGGUGUUGUCAGUGAUGGGUGACAACCCCGUAAUCUUCGCACCUAGUCAUCGAAGCUAUGGGGAUUUCAUACUCAUGUCUUAUAUCUGUUUCCACUACAAGAUUGAAAUUCCAGCGAUUGCAGCUGGCAUGGAUUUCCAUUCCAUGUGGCUGAUGGGGCAUGUGCUUCGAGAUAGCUGUGCCUUCUUUAUGAGACGUUCGUUUGGCAGUGAUAAGCUGUACUGGACCGCGUUCAGUGAAUACGUUCAAAAACUAGUUACAGAUGGAGAGGCUGCUAUUGAAUUUUUCAUUGAGGGCACUAGGAGUCGAACUGCAAAGUCUCUGAUGCCUAAGUUUGGGUUCCUAUCUAUGACCUUGGUGCCAUUCUUGACAGGCCGUGUGCCUGACAUAACCAUAGUUCCUAUCAACAUUAGCUAUGAUCGAACCUUGGAAGAGAUAUUGUUUGCAUACGAGCUACUGGGGGUACCCAAACCAAAGGAAUCCACUUCAGGUUUGAUAAAAGCCUUGAAUAUGCUGAAUGAAAGAUAUGGAAAGGUGUACGUAGAUUUUGCAGAACCACUCUCGGUGAGAGAACUCUUCCAGCUGAAUGGGCUUCAGCGCUCUCUGCCUACUCCAGAGUCACCUCAGGAUCAGCACACAUUGUCAGCCAAUGAGACAAUGUUCUGUGUGGAUGUGGCUCAUCGAGUGGUACAGCAGCAGCAGCGCCAUUCUGUGAUCACUGCUUUUAAUCUGAUAUCCAUCAUCCUUAACAACUCAGUGCUUGAGGGCUCUGGCCCACCUCUUUUAAAUGAGGUGGUGGCAAAUGUCUCCUGGUUGAAGUCUGUUAUGGAGGUGUUAGGAGCUCUGAUUGACAUUCAAGAUGGUCCUGUUAAUGUGGAGGUAGCCGUGAAAGAAGCCAUUGCUGUCCACAAGUCUCUAGUUACACUGACACCAACCAACCACUUGAAGUUGAUUAAAGUGCAUACUACUGCUCACAGAGUGAACCCAGCUAAACUGAAAGGACACAGUAUGUCUGAGCAUACAAUGGGUGUGGCAGUGCCCAUGGUAAUGAUACAGCAUUAUUUAAACCCAUGCCUUCACUACCUCAUUGGUCCAGCUUUGGUUACACUUGUUAUGUGGCAUCUUGAUGAUGCAGUGGAAAUCACAAGAGGCGAUCUGUUCCAGAAUUUUAACUUCCUGAGAUUGCUGUUCGCCUAUGAAUUUGCCUUUUAUGCAGCUUGGGCAGAGAAGGAGUUUGAUGAUGCAGUGAAGCAGCUGGAAAUGCUGAGUGUUGUGGAGCCCACCAAGUCUGAUAGAUUGAAACUGGGCAACCACAGGAAGCUGCAGAUUCUGCUCUUAAACCUGCUGCAACCAUUUCUGGAGGGCUACCUGACUGUGUGUCAGUUACUGCAACAGACUGCUUCAGAUCCAUGCUCUGAGAGUCUGCUAUUAACGUCUACACAGCGGAGAGUGGAGGAGCUGCUGGGAUCUGGCAUUAUCUUGCACCCCUAUGCUUUAUCACUUGAUAUGCAUUCAGCUGCAUUACAAGCAUUGACAGCCCUCCAGGCAGUGAACAGGCUUAAGAGAAAUGGUAUGGUUCUGUAUCAGGCUCAAACAAGAAAACUGCUAGAGGUCACUCAGAAACUAGAGAACUUGAAGUUCCAGUCUGAAGAGAAGUUCCACCCAAGCAGCACAGGUUUCAGGCAUUUUGUGAUUGAUGGGAGCCAGCAGGCAAAGCUUUAGUAACAACUGCUAAAUCCUCUUGUAAUUCUUUGUGUGUUUCUCUUUAAUGUGAAUAUUUUUGCUUGUAUGUGUGCACAUCUGUGGCACCUUGUGUGUCUAUAUCAUGGCAACUUCUAUGAGUUUUGAGCAGACUAGAUGUUCAUAGAAUAUUUUUAUUUUUAAUGUUUGCAUCCUGUUGUGUGAGUAUAACUGAUAAUACAAAUUCCACUGUCAGCGCAACUAUAAUUUAUUAACUUAUGUUCCACUACAUGUUUCAACCCUUAGGCCGUCUACACACGGAGCUACUCAAAAUAAACUGAUUAGUGACGCAAGUUACUAACGAGUCUGCAAUGAGUCACUUCCAAUGUGUCUGAAUGGAACACCACACACGGCGCUACUGAUCACUAACGCGU